UUCACGUGCAACUGCAAUAGCACCUAAUUAAUCUACUAGUACACUUUCGCGGGAGGCUCGUCGGGGAGGGUUCAGCCCCGAGCAGCCCGGCCGCCCCAAAGCCAUGCCCGUGGCCAACGCCACAUUCGUGGCCGGCACCAACCGCCGGCUGCCCACCCCUGACAAGUCGGGCGGAUUUGAGGGGCCGCCUGAGCGCAUCCUGCGCCUGUCCUUCCAGGUCAACGAGCUGCCGGUGGUGCUCCCCUCCCUUGUCACGCGGGAGCGGUGGCAGGUCCGCCGCGAGCCGCCGCCCUCCAGCAUCAGCAGUAGCAACAGCAGUAGCAGCAUGGGCGGGGGAUUUGGCAGUAGCAGCAGCCGGCUGCCGGCCUCCACGGGGCCUGCAGCCGCCUCGCCGGCUGCUGCUGGUGCUGCUGCCGCUGACGAUCGGGGCGUGUGGGUGCCGCACCAGGCGCUGGCGGUGGCGCCGUUGCUCAACAUGGUGCAGGCGCUGGUCCGGACAGGCCGUCGGUAUGUUGAGCCCCACCUGGGGGGCAGCAGCACCGGCACCGCCACCACCAUAGCCACCGCAGCCGACCUGCACCGCAGCAACAGCAGUAGUACUGGCAGUAGCACUGGCGGCAGCAGCAGUAGCAGCAGCAGCAGCCACAGCAGCAGCGGCUGGGCCCUCACCUCCCCAAGCAGCAGCACCUCCAACACUCCCAGCACCCCAAACACUCCGAGCAGCGGCAGUAGCACCCCUGGUAGUAGCACCCUCGGCAGCAGCACCCCUGGCAGUAGCAGCAGCUCUGCCGGCGCGGCCUGGGGCGCGCUACCCCCGCCUCCUCCCCGCAUUGACGCCGCGGGUGUGUCUCUGGCCGGGUACGCUCCUGGCUACAAGGAGGUGAACCAGGACGCGGCGCUGCUGGUGGACGCCUUCCUCAGCAACAGGCAGCAGCUGCUGGCGGUGUUUGACGGGCACGGCCCCGAGGGCCACCGCGUGUCGGGCUUCGCGCGCCGCAACCUGCCGCACACGCUGCUGCACCAGCUGCUGGAGGGCGGCGGGGAGGGGCAGGAGGAGGCGGGAGGGGCAGGAGGGAAGGAGGGGAAGGAACAGGGCAGGUUAGCAGCGGCGGGCGGCGCCGGCAAGACGGCCGGCGCCAGCGGCAGCGGCAGUGGGACAGGGCAUGGAAAUGCGAGUGGCAGUGGCAGCGGCAGUGGCAGCGGCUUCAACAGCACUGGCGGCGGCGGCCGCGGCGGCGGCGCGGUGCAGGGGGCUCUGUGGCGGGCGGUGGAGUCGCUGGAUGCGCAGCUGGCGGUCAGCGGCAUUGACGUGGUCAACAGCGGCACCACCGCCGCCAUGUGCCACGUGCACGGCCGCGCGCUCACGGCGGCGUGGGUCGGCGACUCGCGCAUCGUACUGGGCGUGCCGGCGGCGGCGCCGGCGGCAGGUGUGGUGGCGGCGUCUGGCGGUGCGGCGGCGGAACACAAGACGGGUAGCGGCGGGGAAGGCGGUGGUGGCAGUGGCGGGGGCCUGAGCAGCAGCCUGCGGGGCCUGGGCAUCAGCAGCAGCAGCGGGGACGUGGUGGCGGCGGCCGCGGCGGAGGGCGGCGCCGCCCCCGCCAUCAAGUGGGGCCACCCGCCGGCCGCGUCACCUCCAGACGGCGGGGGCAGCGGGGGCAGUGGGUGGCGGGUGGUGUGGCAGAGCACGGACCACAAGCCGGAGCUGCCGGCGGAGGCGGCGCGCAUCGAGGCGGCGGGCGGGCGGGUGGCGCGCAGUGUGGGGCCGCAGGGGCCCGUGGGCCCCUUCCGGGUGUGGUUCAAGAAGCAGGACUACCCCGGCCUGGCCAUGAGUCGGGCUCUGGGCGACCUGCCCGGCCGCCAGAUAGGCGUAGUGGCCACGCCCUCCACCGCCGCCCUCACGCUGCCGCCCGAGGGCCGGCCCGCGGUGCUGGUGCUGGCGUCAGACGGCGUGUGGGAGCUGAUGAGCAACGAGCAGGUCCUGGCGCUGGCGGGCAACGCGGGCUCGGCGGCUGAGGCGGCCAGUCGUGUGGUACAGCAGUCGCGCAGGGCCUGGGUCAAGGAGUACGGCGGCAGCUACAUCGACGACAUCACGGCAGUGGUGGUGCGCUUCAACAUGCCGCCGACCGCCAGGGCACAGACGCUAGGGGCAGGAGCGGCGGGGGCGGCAGGCUCCAAGUUAUAGGCUGCAGCGGCUGCAGGAUACGUAGGUCACGAGUGUUGACGACGAGUGUUGAUGUGUUGGAAAGUUGGCGGAAACGGAUCGUGGGUUGCACGGGUGCGGAUGUACUCCCUUACGUUUUGCUCUUCUUUAAGCAGA